UUUUAGGUUAAGUUUGUUACCAGAGAGAAAUUAGCAACAUCAUCAUUUUCCAAACUGAGAAUUGGUUGGUUCUGUAGUUUUUUCACAGUUUAGUGCAGCAAGAUAAAAAGUUAGUAAACGUUUGGAUCCCGUGUAUUAUUUAUAAUAUAGUGACUUUUCAAAUUCAUCACUUAAAUACUGCGAUAUUUAGUUAGCUGAUAUCAUCAGUAAAAUAUUGAAAGAUUUCACCCUUUUUUGUCACGUCUGCUCAUUUUGUUACGUGUAGGGCCGGAUGAGUUCUUCACGAUACAAUUUACUUUGUGAUUUUUGGUUAAUAGGAAACAAGGAAAACACAAUUUCGAGAAUAUUGUUUUCAGCAGAGAAAUCUUAAAUUUCUUAGUUGGAAAUUUUAUUACUUUGUGUGUAACACAAAUUCUUUUUAUCAAUUGUAAAAGUUUUUGUUAUUGAUCAGAAUCUCAAUUAGCUAUUAGCGCUAUUAGUAAGAUACAAGUCAAGUUAUUUGGGACUUUAUGUAGCGCCUAAAAAAGCGUGAAUAAAAAUCAUAUUUUUCAGCAAAAAUAUUACAGAAGAAAUACAAAUUUAUUGAUGGUAGCGCCAACGGUACAAAUAAAAAACGAAGGAAUUUUGUAUUUUUUUUAGUGUUAGCAUUUAUUGCAGUUUUUCUAGCAAUUACUGAUAAAGUGAUAGGUGAAAAAUUACAAUUUUACGUGUGAAAUAGGAAUUUCUUGAAAUUUUAAUAAAAAUCUAACAGUAUAGUAGUAAUUAAGGAAUAUCUUAUUUCAUAGCAAUGAUCGACAAAAAGCAGUAUAUUUUGCCAAACACGCAGCCGAUUGGCGAUUUAGAAUGUAAACAAGCCUUCCAAAAUCUGACACCGGAAGAGAAGUUCUACGCCCACUAUUUCAGUCGUGCCUCUUGGAAUGGUGGCCUGAUCACUCUAAUUCAAACCAGUCCAGAAGCUCCAUUGAUCUUCUCUCUCUUGCAUAGGAUUUUCCUUGGAGAAUCUGUUGAGAGUCUAAAGCAGGCUGCUCUAAAAAAUGAUAUUGUCUCUGAUGACGAUUUCACUGCAUUUCUGGUAUAUUGCUGUGGCUUCUUUGGGAAUGGUGGAAAUUACAAAAAUAUGGGAGACACCAAAUUUCUUCCCAACAUUGAUGAAAAAGUUUUUGAGGCAAUUCUUCGUUCUUCCAAGGCUUUCAGGGAAGAUGAAAAGACUAUCGAAGGUCUCUGGCAGAUGACGAGAAAGGGAAUCUUUCUCCUAACGGAGCGCACUAAGAAUUUAGGUCUGAAAGAUCAGGGAAUAACUACAUAUUUUUCUGCUAAUUGCACCAAAGAGGAUGCAGAUUUUGUCAAUGAAUGGCUCAAAGUUAAGAGAAUCGAAGCUUAUAUCUGUCGCACUUUUAAGAUUGUCAAUGAAUGUGGCACUCUGUAUGACAUCAAACUGGCUUCUGUUGAGAUUUCCCCCAAAGAGGGAUUGACAUUAGAUGAAGAAGAAUACAAAGGUUGCAAAUUCCGAGUGACACGUGGUGAUUACGGACAACUUCUGAAACUCGUGACUAAUAAUCUUAAAGAAGCUCAAAAGUACGCUGCAAACACGAAUCAACACAAGAUGAUUGAACAUUAUGUAAAGAGCUUCACAGAAGGCACCCUUGAGGACCACAAGGAUGGCUCAAGAUUUUGGAUUCGCGACAAAGGGCCAGUUAUUGAGACAUACAUUGGCUUCAUUGAAACCUAUCGCGAUCCCGCUGGUCAAAGGGGUGAAUUUGAGGGAUUUGUCGCGAUGGUGAAUAAAGAUAUGUCGGCCAAAUUUGGUGCCUUAGUCACAAAUGCGGAAAAUUUCCUGAGUCAACUGCCCUGGGGUAGCGAUUUUGAGAAAGACAAAUACCUCAAGCCUGACUUUACAUCACUGGACAUCCUUACAUUUGCUGGAAGUGGUGUUCCCGCUGGAAUAAAUAUGCCGAACUAUGAAGAAAUUCGCCAAAAUGAGGGUUUCAAAAAUGUGUCGUUGGGAAAUGUGUUGGCAAACAUAAACAAAUCCGAUGCAAUUCCCUUUCUAUCUGAGGAAGAUCAGACUCUCAUGAAGAAAUACAAGUCGGUGGCUUUUGAAGUUCAAGUAGGUCUACAUGAGCUUCUGGGUCAUGGAAGUGGAAAAUUGUUCCGUAUGGACGAGCAAGGUCAGUUUAAUUUUGACCGGGAAAACGUGAAAAACCCUUUAACUAAUGGACCAAUUGAGUCUUGGUAUGAACCUGGAGAGACAUAUGAUUCAAAAUUUACUACAAUGGGAUCUUCUUAUGAGGAAUGUCGUGCUGAAGCAGUAGGACUCUAUUUGAGUCUCAACAAGGAGGUUUUGCGAAUUUUUGGGCAUGAAGGUGAAGAAGCUGAUGAUAUUAUAUAUGUGAAUUGGUUACUCUUGAUCUGGGGAGGUGUAGGUCUGGCCAUGGAACUGUACAAUCCAGGAAGUAAAAAAUGGCUUCAGGCUCAUUACCAAGCACGCUUUGUUAUUAUGAAAGUGCUUCUGGAAGCCGGAAAUGGAUUGAUAACAAUAGAGGAGACUGAAAAUGGGAAAAAUCUAUUGCUGAAAGUCGACAGAAGCAAGAUAUCUACUGUUGGACGGGAAGCUCUUAAAGUAUUUCUGACCAAGUUGCAGGUCUUCAAAUCUACUGGAGAUAUUAUACAAGCGCGCAAAAUGUACGAUCACUACUCAGAAGUUAGUGAGGAUGGCGCUACAUAUCCUUGGGCCAAAUGGCGAGAUAUUGUUCUGAUGCACAAGAAACCAAGAAUGAUCUACAUACAAUCGAACACAUUCAUCGGAGUUGACGGAAAUGUGCAGUUAAAGACCUAUGAUGCUAGUUUCGAAGGUUACAUCCAAUCUUGGAUUGACAGAUUUAGUUCCACCGAAAUUGAUGGGAUUCUUGAAAAUCUAGCAGCUGAGAACAGCAAAUAUUUUACAGAGUUGCUCUAGACUAGAGACAAAAAAAAUGAGUGCAUUUUAUACAGAAAAAAUUGUAUUAAUUGAGGUUUCCUACGAUUCAUAAUAAAUUUUUCCCGGUAA